CGCAUUUUACUCCCCGAUUCCAUUCCUCCCUCCUCCCAUCGUCCGAGUCAAGCCUCGUUGGCGUUCACCCCUCCAUUUCGCGGUGUGAGUGUGCGUGUGUGUGCGAGGUGAUGCUCUUCUGACACCCCACCCACCAGCCCACUCCCCUCACUCUCUCCAACCUUUACUGGAUGCGCGACGUGCUAGCCGUGCGGUAUAUUGAGGCUGUGACGGCUUUGGUUUCUCCGAUUGUGGAGCGAGAGAAACGCCGGUAGGGAGGCACCAUGCUGGGCGUGGACGUGUGCGAGUUUGGGGGCCAGGUACUGGAGCUGCUAUGGCUCACCAUGUGCUACAGAGGUCUGAUGGCUGAGAAGGAAGAGAAAUCCAUAGCUGAGGAGGGAGAGGAAGACGCGGUCCUCAACUACACCCCCCCGGCCCUGAAGUCUCUCCAAGAGAUCACACAGCUGGACAAGGAGGAUGAGAGUCUGAACAAAUACAAGCAGACCCUGCUGGGGGCUGUGGCCAUUGUGGGAGACCCCUCCCUCCCCAACGUCCAGGUGACCCGCCUCACCCUGUUGAGUGACCAGGCCCAGCAGCCAAUCAGCAUGGAGCUCACAGGAGACUUGGAGACCCAGAAGAAGCAAUGCUUCACCCUGAAGGAGGGAGUGGAGUACAGGGUGAAGAUACACUUCAAGGUGAACAGAGACAUUGUGGCUGGCCUGAAGUAUGUCUAUGUGACAUACAGGACAGGAGUGAGGGUGAACAGGUCGGUGUUCAUGGUCGGCAGCUACCCUCCCCAGGCUGAGGAACACGAGUUCAUCAGCCCUGUAGAAGAAGCGCCCAAAGGCAUGAUGGUCCGUGGCAGCUACCACAUCAAGUCUCACUUCACAGAUGACGACAAGACGGACCACCAGUCCUGGGAGUGGAACCUGAACAUCAAGAAGGACUGGAGCGGCUAGCCUCAACCUCUGUCUCUAAUUCUUCAUCAUGCUCUUGGUUUAUGCUUCCUGUUGGACCAGAUCUGUUGAGGUCUGUGACUAAUGUAAGGUGGAUUAUUUGUUUAAUUCAUGAAUAAAAGAGAAAACAUCAACAUAUAUUGAGCUUAACAACCACGCUAUCUCCUCACAUGUAACACAGCCUGCAGUUCUUUCAUUGUUAGCGUUUCUAAAUCCUCUUUUCCUUUGACCCUCCCUAGUCAGACCUGUGCAUUGCAGUCCUAGGCCGCGGUGGAGGAUGGCGGACGUAUUCUCUCAGGCGUGUGGUAAACCUGACUUCCAUAAAGAGUCGUGCUACUCAUAUUAUUUUGGAAUUCAUGCUCUUUAAAGUUCAUAUGAAGUAAUACAUUGUAAUACAGGGUCUGAUACAUGGUUUUAAGUGGGUAAGCUACAUUUAUUGAAUGGCUCCAAUGACACUGCUAAUGUGGACGGAUUUAAUAUUUAGUCACUAAUGUAGUCCUAAUAUGUAACAAAAAUUGAUUUGCAGACUACUCUUCCUCACUAUUGUUGCUUCCUGCCCCUCCCUUAUGUUUUCUGUCAGGCUGGCAACACAUAUUAACUCUAAACAAAUAUAAGCAACUAACUAGGAAACCUAUCUAACAGGAUUGGGGGCGACGGGGUUGUUAGGGUGGAGCAGAGGGGCAUCACAUCCACGCUGUUAGAACCUUAAGCAGAGAGAAGACAUCCACUGAGAUGUAGUACAGUUCCCCCCCUCAUCCUGCAUUAGGAGGAGCACAUUGGUUUAUGCAAUACAAAAUAACUAUCUACCUGCUGUCUAACUUUGUUGAACUUAGGUUAGGUUUGGAAGCCCAUGGUUCAGUCAUGACUCUACAGUCAGCCCUACUGCCCAGUAGUCUGAUUCAUAAAAUAUUCAUGUUUUGUUGCAUAAUUUUCUUAUCAUAGAUUUAACAAAGCAGUUAAAUUUGUAUGAUCAAAUCAUGAUGAUUUCAAAAACAUGAUGAUUUUUUUGAAUUUACAAUGAAAGGGCAUUCAAUAUCAUCAACCUUAAACACAUCAUUGUCCCCAAAGGUCAUGUUCGUGUUAUAUGCUGUCGACAGAGUUGCAUGGAUGAGAUUUUUCCUCAGUUGAAAAGAGCAUAACAUUAUAAGAAAGAACCCUGCUAAAUUCAACAGGUAUUUCAAAGACCAAUGAAUAUAAUGACACAUGUAUUGAGUUAAGUAAGGUAUUAGUGAAUAUGGUAGAUGGUUCAUGAUGCUUUAGUCCAACAACUUUUAAAAUAUAGAGAAUAAAUAGGGUGUACAAACUUUGGAAAUAAUAUUGUAAUUUUCACUGAUUAUGAUAUUGAGCACUGAAAUGCAAUUAAGAUGGCUGACGCUCUAGGAAUAAUAAUUGUUGGUUUGUUGGAUGUUGCAUGAUAUAUCAAGAGUUUCUUCAUUUUUUCUUACCACUUUCCUAAAAUAAAAGUAAAAUUUGUUGUGUUUUAAAAUGAUUGAAAAAGAAGAAUAAAUAUGAACACAAAUGAAUGUAUCCAAAGUAUCUGUAGGGUUUAUAUAUAGCAGAGUGGUGGACAUAAAGAAGAAAACAUCGAAGCUGUCUGACCGUAGGACUCCCUGCCUGUUAAAAUGCGCUGCGUUUAAAAAUGUGUUAAAUCGAGUCAAGUAUCAUGUUUCUUUUAAUAAAGAUUUGAAUGACCAAAUGGUAA